AUUUACGUCGACACAACAUUUCAACAACAAGACCAAAAUGUUUUUCUUGCCAUUUUUCUCCGCGACCACCUGGACUCUCCUGGUUCUCGUCUUGACCCUGCUGUUACUGUAUGGCAUUUGGCCAUUCAGUUUCUUCAAAAAGCUGGGCAUUCCCGGACCAAGACCUAUGCCUUUUGUGGGAACUAUGCACAAUAUGAGUAAAGGAAUUCGUUUUGAAUUGGAGUGCCACAAGAAGUAUGGGGAUAUCUGGGGGAUGUUUGAGGGACGUAGACCGAUACUCAUGGUGUCAGACCCCGAGAUGAUUAAAGCUGUUCUUGUGAAGGAGUGCUACUCUGUGUUUACCAACCGCAGGGACAAUAUGGAUAACCUGGCUGGACCUUUUUCAGAUGGAAUUACAGCAGCUAAGGACGAGCGGUGGAAAAGAAUUCGGAGUACAAUAUCGCCAUGCUUCACCAGCGGCAGGCUGAAACAGGUCUUUUCAUUUGUUGAGCAAUAUGCAAACCGACUCGUUGGGAGCCUUGAGCAAAGGAAUUUGAGUGAAUCCGUCGAUGUUAAAACGUUCCUGGCACCCUACAGUUUAGAUGUCGUGACCAGUGCAUCAUUCAGUGUUGAUACGGACUCCAUAAACCAUCCGGAUGAUCCUAUUGUUGUUCAUGUCAAGAGGGUUCUCAAGUUCAAACUUUGGCCUAUAUUUUUUCUACUGAUAUUUCCCUUCACUUCCAGACUUUUCAAGCUCUUGGGUAUUUCACUGAUGGAUAUGACCAGCGUGAAUUUCUUCUAUGGCGUAUUAAAGAAAUUCAAAGACCAGCAUCAAGCAGAGGAUUCUAGCCAUGGCGACUUCCUCCAGGUGAUGGUUGAGAAUGAAAUACCAGAAACAGAGAUCAAAAAUGGUGAAGAGCCAAGUAAAGGUUUGACUUACAAUGAGAUCCUUUCUCAGGCAUUUUUAUUCAUCUUUGGUGGCUAUGAGACCACCAGUGUCACUGUGACCUAUAUCCUUUAUUGCCUGGCAAUCAACCCCGAUGCAUUGCAGACCUUGCAGGAGGAGAUAGACACCAAUCUGCCAAGAGAGUCUCCCAUCACAUAUGAGGGUCUGAUGGGUCUGCAGUACCUGGACCAGGUGAUUUGUGAGGCAAUGCGUUUCAUUCCCACCGCACCUCGCCUUGAGAGGAUGUGCAAAAAAACUGUCCAACUCAACGGUGUCACCAUUCCCGAAGGAACCCUGGUUGGAAUCCCUGCGCACAUACUACACAAAGACCCACGCUACUGGAGCACACCUGAGCUCUUCAGACCAGAGAGAUUCAGUAAAGACAGUGGUGAGGAAGUGAACCCAUAUGCGUAUAUGCCAUUUGGGCUCGGUCCUCGUAACUGUGUUGGCAUGCGGUACGCUCUGCUCACAAUGAAGAUGGUUAUUGUGCGUCUCCUGCAGAGCUACACCUUGGAAACCUGCAAAGACACCGUGAUUCCUUUGGAGUUUAACGCAUUUUUUCAGCCCAAGCAGCCAGUCAAGCUCAACUUUGUUCCCAGAGAACAGUAAUCAGCAAGGAGCAUCUCCAAAUAUAUCUUGAUUUGGAAAUCCUGUCAAAUCCACAAAUCUGUCUUUGUUUACUUUUUAAUGUAUGGCAACUGCUGGUAGUAUGAUUUUGAGUUUAAGAUUUUACUGUGAAACUUGAUCAAACUGAUUCCACCACCAUGAACUGUGAGCAAUUUUUAACCUUCAUUAUCAACAAAAUAAAUUAAAUCAAAUGCCACAAUAGUUAUGUCCCCGGUGGACAUCCUGCACUUUGCAACUCCUCUGCCCUGGUCAAUAACUUUGAGGCCCUUUCACUGUGCACCUUAAGGGAAAUCAUGGCUAAAUUACAGCCUUCAUCCAGUCUGUGAGAUCUUAUGCUUGCCAGAUUAAUCAGGAGGGUUAGUAACUGCGUUGGUCUACAAUUUUAUCUGUGGUAGAUAACUCUCAGCCCACUGACUGUGUUCCCCCUGCUUUAACCAUGUAGUAGUGCACCCACUGAUCAAGAAACCUAACCUCGACUCCACCAAUUAAAAAAAAAAAAAAAAAAAAAAA